UAUGGCCACUAGCCAUGCACUUUGCUACGGGUUGUGAAUUAAAUUUUAUUUUUUAGAACUUGUCGCAUUCCUGAGUGUGUUGUUACUAAAAUUUGUGUGACGUUUGUUAAAGUUGUAAUAACUUCUACUUCACCUUUUUCUCCAAAAGAAAAUCUUUUCAAUUAAAACACUGUUUUGGAAUUAAUUGGCAAAUUCAUCGAAAAGGCUAAGAAAUAAACCUGGUUUUUGUAAAUUCUUGAGUAGAAUUAAUUACUUAGGACGAUUUUGUUUUCCCCUAACUUUCUUCUACGCGAGAAUAAGAAAAUAGGGCAAGUUACAAAGGAAAUACCAAGGUAUAUAGACCAACCUAUUUAGCUCUUUCAAAGGAUCAGAUAAUAAACCAACAAACCUAGUUAAUAUACACAAGUUGCGCAACAUGGAAUCUAUGGAAUACGAAAUGGCAAGAAAUAUGACUCUGCUGUUCUUCUUGGAGCGACUAUUGGACAAAGGGGAACCACGUACUGUCCAUGAUCUAAGUUGUCAAUUUGGGGCAAAAGAAUUUACGAAAGAGAUGCGUCAGAUUGCCGGUGGAAGUCAGUCAGGACUGAAAAAAUUUCUGGCGCAAUAUCCUUCAAUUUUUUUGGUUGAUGGCGAUUAUGUCCAAGUCAAUUCAUAUCAAACGAUCACCGACGAUCCAAACGGAAGCUAUGCUGGGCGUCGAGAUUACAUCCAAGAAGCAAAGGACUAUUUCAAGAACAAAAUGCUUCAAUACGGAAUAGGAGUUGAAGUUCCCGUUAAAAGUCUACUUGGCCAUCGUAGUCAAGCGUCACCACAAGUAAGGCACAUCUCAGGUCAACAUAUCAAAGAAUUUACUGAUUUUCUGAUAAAACAUCCCGACACAUUUAAAGUAGUGAACGAUCAUGUUGUAAUCGUUGGUUGUGAAAAUAUGGACGAUCUUCCAGCAUCGGAACGUUUGCACUUGCCUCAAACCUAUAUUGACACGAAGGGAACACAACAAAUGCUUGAUUUUUUUGCUCAGUGCAUUGAAGUUAAAGGUCCCAUUCUCGUCGAUCAGCUUUUCCAUCUAGUUACCUCGAAGUUUCCCCAAGAACAAUGGCUCAAGAUGUUCAAGACGCCAAGUGAUCUGACAACAUUUCUUCGACUUUUCUCCGAUUGUUUCAAUAUACAAGCAAAUCUAGUCACUCUUCUACAAAAGCCAAAACUCUCUGAUUCUCACAUACAGCAGGCUCAAGCGAAGUCGAGAGAACAAUAUAAUGCAAUUAAUAAUAUAGUUAACAAUAAUCAAAUGAAUACUCAACUAAGCACUUCAUCUCCCGUUCAGCAGCAACGAAUUCAUUCACCCGUAUUCCGAAGCGUAAGCAACAAUUCCAAUUAUAGCAACAACUGCAAUAAUAACACCAUAGCGCCAAACUUCAAAUUGAACGAACCUGUUUCAAAUGUAAAUACUAACAGUACAUUUUCAUCAAGAGGUGAGCCAAACAGUGGAUGUGAAAGUUUUGUGAUGUCUUCAGAAUUGCAAAUUGAAAAUCUUUGCGAAAGAAACUGCCCCAGCCCUUCUACUAGCUCAUAUUACGGCAGCAGUUCUGUACAAAAUCCAUCACCGAAUCCUAUAGUACCGUCAACUCAUUCGCAACAGCCAACGGUUCCCGAAAGAAUUAAUAGCCAAAAUCAAACACUCAAGCAGCGAAUUAACAAUUUAGUUAUUAGGACCCUGGCGGAAAACUUUGAAAAAGAUAAACAAUCAAUGGCAGCGCUUGGAGACCAUGCUAAAUCUGGACUGGGUUUCGUUCCCCAACAACAGCAACAGCCUCAACAAUAUAGCCCAGCUCAUUCACCUAGUCAUAAUUAUUUCGUAGGCGAUACAUGGAAAAUCAAGAUUUUACAGAAUACUCGAGUCAUUUCAACUAUAAAAGAGAGUCUCUUCGUAACCGAUGCCAUUCUCAAAUUUGCACAAAAGAAUCAAAGUGUUGUGAUUUCUGUAGAUUGUGAAGGCAUCAAUUUGGGGGUAAAAGGCGAGAUAACUCUUAUUGAAAUUGGUACAACAAGAGGAGAGGCGUUUAUUUUCGAUGUGCUGACUUGUCCCGAGCUGGUAUCGGACGGUGGGCUGAAGAAUCUUCUCGAGCACGACUGUGUCAUCAAGGUCAUUCAUGAUUGUCGCAAUGAUUCGGUUAAUAUGUACUCACAGUUUGGUGUGCUUCUGAGAAAUGUAUUUGAUACUCAGGCCGCUCAUGCUGUUGUUCAAUUACAGGAUAGCGGUAAACAAGUAUAUAAGGCAAAAUAUAUAUCAUUGAACUCAUUGUGUGAGCUGUAUAAUGCGCCGAUUAAUCCAAUCAAGGAUCAACUUAAAAAUGUUUAUCGACGGGAUCAAAAGUAUUGGGCUAAUAGGCCACUGUCUCGCGAUAUGCUUCUGUAUGCGGCAGGUGAUGUCCUAGUAUUAAUUAACGAUCAGCUGUAUUGUAAUUUGGCGAGACAAAUCAAACCCGAAAAUCAACAACUGUUUUCCGAAUUAUGUACGGAGCAAAUUUUGAUGCAAAUUAAGCCGACGGAGGUAAAAAUUCGCAAGAAACAAAGAAAGAUAAGCAGUGAAGUAGCAGAUUUAAAACAAAAACUAGGACAAACAAAUAAAAGCAUUGUUCUCAGUAAUAGAGAAAUAAGAUUACUUCGAUACAUGGACCUCACUGAAGAUGAAAAAGAACGUCUCAAGGGCUUCUACAAAGUCGCUAAAAAACUCGAAAAAAUGGAAAACAUUAACAAUCAAAAUAGAGAACAUAGUGACUCAGAAGAUGAUCAGGAGAAUGUAGAGAUCGACAAUUUCCCAAGCUUAGAUAGUGUGCCAUCCGACAAUUCACUUACUGGAACUUUUUCCCCACGUUUGAACUCCGAACCCCCAACUUUGACUGAGUCCAUGCAGAUGAUGGAUGAAAUUCUUUCAAACAGCUCUAUGGAUCGAUUAUCAAAAAUCGAUAAAUUAGAAGCCAUACUCUCAGCGGCAACUCUUUUGCCUAGUGAUCAGAUUAUUACGUCUAAUUCGAUCACUGAACAAUUGGGUUCGAAUAUUGCGACAACUGAAAAUCUUCAAAUUGUUAGAGAAAAAUCUAAAAAUAAUAAAAACUGCAACUGUAAUAAUGAACUUAGUCUAACACCAACCACUCGUGGCAAUACUGACCAGAAACCGAUUGAAAAGGCCGAUGCAUCUUCACAAACUUUAAGUACUGGUGACAUAGUUAUCACAAAAAUAUUCUUCCAGGAAGAGCAAGAAAAGGCCAAAGAAAAAGUUCUCACAUCUUCACCUAGGCGAUCAGCAACAUAGGUCAAUUUAAUAAUUGUCAAUUACUGCAAUUUUAUUCGCUGUGUGGUUCUAUGUUCUCAUUGCACCUCAUAAGUUUUUGUUUUCUUCAAAAAAUCGGAAUUUAAAAAAUUGAAUAAUUAGAGAAGAAUAUAAGUGAUAUUUAUUGUAUUUUUUAUCAAAUAUAUAUUAUUAGGGGUUUAGUAUAGAUCAGGGAUAUGAAUCGCGUUAAUUAUAUUUCAGUAACACUUGAAUUUUUUUCUUCCAAAUAUUGUCACAAAUUAACAAAUAAAAAUGAGGAUAGACAUUCAUUUUUUGUCAUGAUAAAAGUUUAGUUUAUAUAAUAUUGUGCUAAGAAUAGACAAAGAACUAACUAUUGUGCUUUGAUAAAUUAUUCUAAGCCUAAAAUAGUCAACUGAAAAUAAUUUUCUUCUGAAACAAUAUCAAUCAAAACAAUCAAAUGGUACUAAGAGAAUUAAAUUUGUUAUCUAUUUUAUUCUGUUUAUUCUUGCUGUUAAACUUUUCAAUUCGUUGCAAAAUUGUAAAUAUAUAUAGUUUGGUUCUUUUCUAUAUAAAUAAAUAUUCAUCAAACCGUUUUAUGUAAGUGAACCUUUUAAAACUCAUGCAAAGUAGAUUAAUUGGACCAAAUAACUGCUGUUAAAAAUAUUAACUGAUUUAUUUUGUUAAGAACCUAUAAAAGUUAAAAAAAAAAAAAACAAAAACAAAUAACUAGCCAUCAUUUGCAACUAUUGGUUACUAAAUUUUUUUUACAUAAUAAACCUUACUAAAAAGCUUUA